AUGAAAGGCAUUCCCUAUGCUUCACUUUUUGGGAGCCUUAUAUACGCACAGGUCUACACUAGAUCUGAUAUUGCCUUUGUAGUAGGAAUGCUUGGCAGAUAUCAAAGUAACUCUGGUCUUGAUCAUUGGAUAGAUGGUAAAAGGGCUUUGAGAUAUUUGCAAGGAUUCAAGGAUGUUAAGCUCACAUACAAAUAUCCUGACUCAUUGGAGGUCAUUGGAUAUUUAGACUCUGAGUUGGGUGGAUGCAAAGACUCUGGUAAAUAUUCUUCUGGAUACAUUUUGGUUCUUGAUGGAGGUGAUGUAUCUUGGAGGAGUGUUAGGCAAACCAUUGUUGCAACAUCCACAAUGAUAGCUGAAUUUAUAGCAUGUUAUGAAGCUACAUCACAAGCUUUGUGGUUGAAGAAUUUCAUUUCGGGCCUUAGAGUUGUCGAUUUUGUUGCAAGGCCAUUGAGAAUUUUUUGUGAUAAUUCAGCCGUAGUAUUCUUUUCAAAGAAUAAUAAAAGUGGUUGCCGAAGCAAUCACAUCGCCAUAAAGUAUUUGAUGGUUACAGGCUAUGUCAAGAAUCAAGAUGUGAGCUUUGAACAUGUUAGUACUAAUUUGAUGAUUGUUGAUCCUAUCACUAAGGGUUUACUAGCUAACAUUUUCAAUGAUCAUGUAACCCGUAUGGGUCUUAGUAACUCAUUUUAG